AUGCCCAUAAGAUGGAAUUCAACUAGUGAAAUGUUGGAAAGGGUGCUUAAAAUUAAGGAACCUUUAUUAGCCACCUUGGCAAUAGUCAACUUUGAUAAAUUUACGUUGACAGCUUCUGAUUGGAAAAUAAUAGAACAUUCUUGUCGAGCACUUUUCAAGAGUAGGGCACUUUUACAUCACUGCAGUGCCUUACAGGAUGACCCUGACAUUCCCAAGGAAAUCAAAAAUAUGAUUAUAAAGAUGAUAGAGCAGCUUAAUAAACGAUUUUUAAAUAUUCAAGAUAAUCUUACUCUGGCGGAAACUACACUCUUAGACCCCAAGUUUGGAUUUACGGAUACAAAAGCAUUUGAAAAGGCAAAGACAGCGGUGACAAAUGCAGCAAGCCAAAUUGUUUUAGAAGAAAAUGCUAAAGCGAAUAACACAGAUAACGAAAGUAAAGGUGACGGUUCCACAGUCGAUCAUGAAAAUGAAACAAUGUCAAUCUGGAAAGACUACGACAAAAAAACGUCAUUUGUCUCUAAAAACGAAAAUGCUACAGCUGCAGGAAUUAUAGAGAUGAAUAGCUAUGCGCAGGUAGCAGGAAAGGCCUCUGAAAAGGGCAUAGGCGGCAAGGACGACCCUUUCCGAAAGGAAUGGAGCAGGAUCGUCACAGCCGCGAACACAUUAAAAGGCUCAGACAACGCGGAGAUAGGGGCAUUAUGCAAAGUCAUAAUGUCAGCCCAAGAAGCCGGCAUGGACAGGGCUAUCGACGAGAGCAAGGUGCCGAGACCUAGCAUCACGCGGGAGGCCAGGAUGAAGGGGAGCCAGAGCUACGAGUUGUUUCAAGCGGCCGAGAGCAGAGGUGGUUGGCCUCGGGGCAAGGAGGAUAUGACCGAGGGUUUUCUCGCCGUGGCCAGGGAACGCUUCCCGGAUCUGGCGAACAACGAGGAGGGAGAGAAGGUUCUGGAAACCAACACCAGGAUCGGCAACAAGACCAGAAGGAAGAGGAUCCUGGUGGCGAGGCCCGAUGCUGAAGACCCGACCGAGGAGAUGUACCGGGGGAUAGUGGAGCUGGGCAGUAUUGCCAGCCUGGAGGGAGCGGACAUGAUCUCUUUCGCGGCACCUGCUGCCAUGGCCGGGACAGCGAGGAAGAUGGCGCCCUGCGUACUGGUGGCCGGUCGGGGAAUCAAAGCAAGGGUCUGCAUUCCGCAGAAAACACUAAAGACGGUAGGAGCUGGCCGCUUCACAAUGACGCGGCAGGUCAGUGUAAGACCAAGGAAACACCGGCACGAGGCUGUACUAGUAAGGGGAACAAAGCCCGAGGAGUACCUGGCGCUCCUGGCCGGCGCCAGGAAAGAUUUGAAGGGGCAGGGUGUGAAGGCUUAUUACGGAGGACAGUGUGGGGAAAAAACCGAAAUCCUAAGAUCCGACAAGAAGACCGCCCUGGUGGUGACAAACAUCGAGGCGGCCUUAAGCGAGGAGGAGAUCAAGGCUGCCAUCAAGGAGCAGAUCGGCGCGGCUGAGGGUGAUAUAGAGGUCAGGGACCUGCGUAGCGGCUUCAGAGGGAAGCAGGCGGCCACGGUGCUGGCCCCACCGGAAAUUUGUGCAGCAAUACUGGCCCACGAGGAUCAUUAUGGGACUGACCCCUGCCAGCGUUAG